UGGUUAACUAUGAAGUGUGAAGACAGGAAAACCUAUUUAAAAUCUGAGUUUGAUUUGAGUGGGGAAUCCUGCGGACAAAGAGGUCUAAGUUGUUUCCAUGCAGCGAAAAUGGCGGGGCUGUUCGAUUCCCAUGUUUGCUAGGUUCUCGGAUCAAUGUUCUUCUCGGACAAUUACGCGGUAAUCCAGUUCCUCUCCUGAUUUCUCUGCCUCCAACCAACUUCACUCUUUUCUUUUCGGAUUACAGUUUGGUUCUGUUUUGUCUGAAUUCCCUGUUUUAGGGUUUUUAGGGUUUGAGUGAAUAUCUUUCUCGUGUUUCUUGGCCCAAACUUUUGGCAGAUUUGGUUCCCUAAGGCUCUGGAUCGGUGGAUUUGGAGUGUUGAACUGAAUUGUGGUGAUUUGCUUAUAGAGCUGUGAAAUGCUGGUUUCGGAAUUUUGAGUCUUUGAUUGAUCGGGUCUUCGUUCUGUGAUUGAAUUUCGACAGACAAAUAAGUCGGUUUUUAGUGGAAUCUAAGGUUGCCUUCACUUGGCAUUGAGUCAUCAACUGACGAUCUUUGUCGCGUCGGCUGCUCUCGGUGGAAUUUGAAUUUCUUUUUGGAUUUUUAAUUGGUUUGCUGUUGAAGUGGGAUAGUUACAGCCUGUAGUGAAAAUUUGUUGGAAGUAAGUGGAAACCUUGAUCAACGUAAGUGAUAUAUGUGAUUUUAAAUCUUCUUCUGCCAAACUGCAAAAUUUUCUUUACCUAGUUGAUCUCGAUACUACGAAUGCGGAACGAAUGAAGCUGGUGUUUUUUUCUGGAGUUGAGGGCCCAGAGGAAUUGAGAUUGUUAUUAUAUUUGGAUAGAAAGAAGGAUGAAAAGUUGAAUGGAUGCUAGUUUUGACUUGUUAAGGUACUUGUUAAUCUUAAACUAGAGAAAUGGAUUCGGCAAGGAAUUGGUUCCAUAAGUUUCAAUCUCGAGAUAAAUUGAAGUCUUCAACUAAAAAGAAGGAAUCGCCUGGUAAAGAAGGGUCAAAGCCUCCUAUCAGUGAAGAAGCACCUUCCAAUGUCACAAAGCAGAAGGUUGCAGCAGCAAAGCAGUACAUAGAAAACCAUUACAAGGAGCAGAUGAAGAACCUGCAGGAGAGGAAGGAGCGACGCAAUAUAUUAGAGAAGACAUUAGCUGAUGCUGAUGUUUCUGAGGAAGAGCAAAGUAGUCUACUAAAACAUUUGGAGAAGAAGGAAACAGAAUACAUGCGCCUUCAGAGGCAUAAAAUGGGUGCUGAUGAUUUUGAGUUGUUGACAAUGAUAGGAAAGGGUGCGUUUGGAGAGGUCAGAGUCUGUAGGGAGAAGUCAACGGGCCAUGUAUAUGCAAUGAAGAAACUUAAAAAAUCAGAGAUGCUUCGUAGAGGGCAGGUUGAGCAUGUUAAGGCUGAGAGGAAUCUUCUUGCGGAGGUUGAUAGUAAUUGCAUUGUCAAACUUUAUUGUUCUUUCCAAGAUGAAGAUUAUCUGUAUCUCAUUAUGGAGUAUCUACCUGGUGGAGAUAUGAUGACUCUACUUAUGCGGAAAGAUACAUUAACUGAAGAUGAGGCUAGAUUUUAUGUAGGAGAAACAGUUUUAGCUAUUGAAUCUAUUCAUAAACAUAAUUACAUCCACAGAGAUAUCAAGCCUGACAAUUUGUUGCUCGACCGAUAUGGUCAUAUGAAGCUGUCAGAUUUUGGACUUUGCAAGCCAUUAGACUGCAGUACCCUCCAUGAAAAGGAUUUUUCUGUUGGACACAAUCUUAAUGGAGCAUUGAGUGAUGAACGGCCUGGUGUACCGAAGCGCACACAACAGGAACAACUACAACAUUGGCAAAGAAAUAGAAGGAUGCUGGCUUAUUCUACUGUUGGCACACCUGACUAUAUUGCUCCAGAAGUUUUGCUGAAGAAAGGCUAUGGAAUGGAAUGUGAUUGGUGGUCACUUGGAGCCAUCAUGUAUGAAAUGCUUGUGGGGUAUCCUCCUUUUUAUUCGGAUGAGCCUAUGUCAACAUGCAGGAAAAUAGUAAAUUGGAGAACUCAUUUGAAGUUUCCUGAAGAGGCAAAGCUUUCUGUAGAAGCAAAAGAUCUUAUUAGUAAACUCUUGUGCAAUGUUGAGCAGAGGCUUGGAACGAAAGGCGCAGAUGAAAUAAAGGCCCAUCCAUGGUUUAGAGGUGUUGAAUGGGAUAAACUAUAUCAGAUAGAAGCUGCAUUUAUUCCAGAGGUAAAGGACGAACUUGACACACAGAACUUUGAGAAGUUCGAAGAGUCUGACAACCAGGCACAGACUUCAUCAAAGUCAGGCCCCUGGAGAAAGAUGCUCUCAUCCAAGGACAUCAACUUUGUGGGUUACACAUACAAGAACUUUGAAAUUGUGAAUGAUCAUGAAUUGCCUGGGAUUGCUGAACUAAAGAAGAAGACCACCAAAACAAAGCGGCCAUCCAUCAAAUCCCUUUUUGAUGAUGAAUCAGAAACUAGUCAACAACCUGUUAAAGGGAGCUUUUUGAACCUCUUGCCUCCCCAAUUGGAAAUUUCUCAGAAGCAAAGACAGUUAAAAUAAGCUUUGUUGAACUUUACAUUAGAUAGCCAAGGAGCUCCAGCUCACCAAUUAAAGCUGCAGAUGAAUGGGCACAAUUUCUUCUGCUGCCAUUGCUUUUCUUGUUGGCAAGCGCUCGAUCUCCAUUUCCCGUGAAAGUUUGAGGGCAAGGGCCCAAAGAAGAGGGUUGGAAGGGGUGAGUUUGGAGUUUGGCCUUGUGCCUGCUUGGAUCAGGGUCUUUGUAAAAUUUGUUAAUGAUAGUAAAUAUUUAUUCUUUUACCAUUUGUUGCACAAAAUAUUCUUUUACUACUCUCUCUCUCUCUCUCUCUCUCUCUUUCCAUCGUGUAAUUUUCUAUGUUUUCCUCUUUAGUCAUCGCCACUGAUUUCUGCACUCACCAGUCUUUCACUGAGAUGAUUUUGAUAAUAGGAAAAAUUAAAAAGGGAGACGGCAGCUUCAGUAGGGGCUA